AUGUUCGGUUGCUCCGGGCACACUCCGGCCCUCAGCGGCCCUUUGCAAGCCGAAAUUGGCAGUGCCGCCAUAAAAGAUGUGGUAGUCACAGUCACCCUAUCGAGCCUACUAGCCUACCAGCCUACGGCCACUCACUGCAUGGCACUUCUGCCCCCCGCUUUCGCUAACCCCGAGCGGCAUCGCAAUCGCGGGGAUCUCUUCUGCCAAGCCUGCAUUUGUCCGCAAGACGCGCAAGACACGCAAGACGGGCGAACACGAUCCCGAAAACGAGCUGGUCCAGUGAAGUGUUUACCAGACCGGAAAUCCUCUUGCUAUGAUGCACCCUUCAAAUAUCAGCGGCUGUUCUCUCUGCUUUCUAGCUUGUUAAACCCCUCUAGUACAUGUCGUAAGCCAACGCGUAUCUUCAACUGGUACAUCCAGAACCGGCGCAGCAAAAUGACAAUCCCCCCUCGCGUCCUUGUUGUCCUCGGCUGCGGUGGCAUGGGCCUCGCCACAGCCCGGCGCCUUGGAGGCGGCCGAAAGGUCCUUCUUGGGGACUACACCCAAACCAACCUUGACUCCGCCGCCAAAGCCCUCCGGGAUGAAGGCCAAGUCGUUGAAACUCACCUCGUCGACGUGGCUGACUUCGACUCGGUGCAAGCCUUCGCCACAGCCGCUUCCAAGGAAGGCCACAUCGAUGCUGUCGUCCACACGGCCGGACUGUCCCCAGCAAUGGCGCCCCCCAAGCGCAUUUACGAGGUCGACCUGCUCGGCACCGCCAACGUGAUCGACGCCUUCCAGGAUAUCAUCCCCGCAGGGGCCUCACUCACCUGCAUCGCGAGCAUCGCGCGCUUCAACAAGAACCCCUCGCCCGAGCUGGCCGCCCACCUGGCCUCCGCGCCCCGCGACCAGCUGCUCACCACCAAGCACCUGCUCGACAUCGACGCCCCGGACCCCGAGCCCGCCGCUUCCUACAGCCUGUCCAAGUGCGCCAACUUCCUCCGCGUGCAGGCCGCCGCCCGCCCCUGGGCCGCCCGCGGCGCCCGCAUCAACUGCGUCAGCCCGGGCAUCAUCAUCACCCCCAUGAUCCGUCAGGAGAUGGCCUCGCCCCUUGGCCCGGCCAUCCAGAGCAUGGUCGACUCGACGCCCAUGCGGCGCUGGGGUUCGCCGGACGAGAUUGCUGGCGUGGUGGCGUUUUUGGCGGGGCCUGAUGCAUCGUACAUCACGGGCGCCGAAAUUGUGGUGGAUGGCGGGUUCAUGGCGGGCAGCCGGGGGGCUGAGGCUAAGGAGGCGGCUUAG